GGUCGAAACCGGUCGUGGUAUCUUCUUUGAUUCUUUCAGAAAUGAAUUCUGUCUGAGUCUCUAGUAACUAAGAAGGCGGUUGUAAAAUUACUAAAUAUAAUUAAAUUUAAGUCGAGUUUCAUAUACAAAUAAUGGGAUUGUAAAAUAUUUUUUAUCGUUUAGGUUUGGAAUGUGCUGGAGAAGUAUUGGAUAUUGGUCCAAAUGUAACAAAUGUGAAUCGUGGUGAUCGGGUACUAGCUUUUUCUCGUUUUAAUGCUUGGGCACAACAAAUUGUGUGUAAAAAAGAUGUUGUUUUUAAAAUACCAAACGAAAUGACAUUUCGAGAAGCAGCUGGUUUUGGAAUGGCUUAUAUCACUGCAUAUAUUUUAUUAUUCGAACUUGGACAACUGAGACAAGGUCAAACUCUUUUCUUCCAUUCGGCAGGCGGUGGUGUGGGAGUUGCAUUAACACAGUUAUCAAAAUUAGUGAAUAAUUUAACUGUCAUAGCCACAGCAUCACGACAUAAAUUUGAUGUGCUCAAAAAUCAUAUACAUUAUUUAUUUGAACACGAUAUUGAUUAUACAGAAGAUAUUAAAAAAAUUUGUCCAGAAGGUAUUGAUUUAAUAUUAGAUUGUAUGGGAGGAGAUGACUGUGAACGUGGUUUAAAUCUAUUAAAAUUUAAUGGCAAAUAUAUUAUGUAUGGCAUGUCGAGUGUUCUCUCUUGGAAUAUCAAAAAUCUUUUUGGCAUUACAAAAGGUCUUUCGCAGUGGUGGCAAAAUGAUAAAGUUAGUCUCAAACGAUUAUUUGAAGACAGCAAAAGUGUUCAUGGUUUUAAUUUAUUUCAAUUACUUCAUCGAAAUGGUGGUACUAUUGAUACUCGACGAUAUAUUGGUGAUAUUUUACAAAAACUUUUUAAUCUAUAUGAAGCAGGAAAAAUAAAACCUGUUGUUGAUUCCGUUUACACAUUUGAACAAGUCAACAAUGCUAUCAGUCAAUUAACCGAAAGAAAAAAUAUUGGCAAAGUUAUAUUAGAACCAUUUUCUAAUAUCAAACCAGAUAAGGUGAAAAAAUUUAAGGAAACUCAGAAAAAAAUAAAUCACACAUCAGAAGAACAUUCGAGUCCCGAAACAAGUGGCCCAGAUGAUGAUAAUGAGGAUAAAAUUCAGCAUAGUGAUGGCGAACAUGCUUGA